AUGCUGUCCAGAAUUGCUGCCAACACUCCUUUUCUCCGUUCCAUCACUGCCACGGCGGCGACCACCAGCCGUGCAUUGUCUUUCGGUUGGAAAAUUCAACCGAAUCUAUUUUAUCAUAAAUUUGAGAUCUGACGGACACUCAAAAAGAAAUACAAUCAGCAGCUCUGAAGUUCUCAAAAGAGGUAAUGGCGAUUCAGGUUAUGAAGUGUUAUCUUUUGAUUUUUGAGGUUUUGGCUUCCAACGCCGCCGCUCAUGACGCAUCUGGUGAAUUCCCAUGGGAAAUAAUCAAACAGGCUCAUUCUUUGGGUUUGAUGAAUACCCAAAUUCCUGAGAAAUACGGUACAGCUCAAAAAAAAAAGAUUCAAAAAACUGGAAAUGAACAGGCGGUCCGGGUAUGACCACGCUGGAAACUGCGCUAAUCGUUGAAGCGUUGGCUUACGGAUGCUCGGGACUUCAACUGGCAAUCAUGGGACCUUCCCUGGCAAUUGCGCCUGUUUAUAUUGCGGGAAACGAAGAACAAAAAAAGAAAUACUUGGGUCAGUUUUCCAUUUCACAUAGCUCUUUUUCAAAAAGUAGUUUUCAGGAUGGCUUGCCUCGGAACCAGUUAUUGCCUCUUAUUGCGUUACUGAGCCAGGUGCAGGAUCCGAUGUCAACGGAGUCAAAACUAAGGUUGCUUUCUUCGAAUCGUUUGUUGCUGAAAUCAAAAACCAGAUAAAUUGCAGGCAGAGAAGAAAGGCGACGAGUUUGUGAUCAACGGUAGCAAAGCGUGGAUUACAGGUGGUGGGCACGCCAAAUGGUGAGGAGAAGAGUCAGAAUAACAGAUUGAAGACCGAAAAACUAGCAUAUGAAGAGAUAGUAGUAAAUGGGCAAAUAUUUUUAUUUUGUUUUGUCUGUAAUUUUGUCAAAAACAGUUGUUUGAUCUGAAAAUUUCACCAAUUGAGUGAAAGAAUGGGCUAAACUAAAUAAUGGUUCGAACCAAUUCCAAAAAACAUCUUCUAACAAUUUUUUUUUGAAUACUCAUCAAAACUGCAAAAGAAAUUAUUGAAAAAUAAAAAUUCAACAAAGUUGGUGAACGAUAUAAAAGACUAUAUAUUUAUUACUUCGUAACAUAACAAACAAAGUUAUGAAUAAAAAACCAAAAAAAUACGCAUCCGUUUUUGCUACUGUAAAUAGGAAACUUUUUAUAUAUAAAUGGUAUCUUCGAGAACAAAUUUUUCUAGUAUCUGUUGUUUUUCAAUAACUUUUUCUGUUUGAUCGCGAGCUGAUUUUGAGGUUUUUCGUUCUGGCGAGAACUGACAGCGAUCCGAAGACACCAGCCGGUAAGGCUUUCACUGCUUUUGUUGUCGAUGGGGACACACCUGGUAUCACUCGCGGAAAGAAAGUAAAAAUCAAAAUAAUCAUAUCGGAGUCAACUUGAAAUUCAGGAAAAAAUGAUGGGUCAACGUUGCUCCGACACCAGAACCAUUACUUUCGAAGACGUUCGCGUUAGCGCGAAAAAUGUGCUUGGCGCUCCUGGAGCAGGCUUCAAGGUGAGUCAGGGCUUGUCGUAUUUUUACUCGUUUGUCCACUUUUUCCCAGUAUUAAGAAGGUAUCUUGGAUGACGCAGCAAUGUUUUGCUCAGACUAAUAUGUUCUUGAAAAAAGAAAGAAACGAAAACAUUUACUGUUAAUCAAGAAGUUACUUUUCAAAAAAAAAGUCAAAACGUUUAGAAUUAGGCGGCCUAGAAUUCAAAAUCAUAAGGUUCCCCAUUCUUCUUGAAGUAUUUCGGUCAAUUUCAAAAAAUAUCCAGAUUAAAAAAAUCAACGAAUAUGAAACCUUUUCUCUCAACUGAAUUGUUUUAUCAUCUUUGGCAAAUAUAUAGCUCUUCAAUGAAACUUUACUUUGUUUAGAAUAGUCCGUUUUCUAGAGAAAUUGAUAUAGAAAGACAUUUCCAGGUAGCAAUGUCCGCUUUCGACAUGACCAGGCCAGGAGUUGCAGCUGGAGCUUUGGGCUUGGCCUGGAGAGCUCUUGACGAAUCUGCUCGUUACGCUUUGGAACGGAAGGCUUUUGGUACCCAGAUCGCAAACGUAGGAAAAAAUUUCAAAUCCUAAGUCAUGUUUCAUUUUAAGCAUCAAGCUGUACAGUUCAUGCUCGCGGACAUGGCUGUGAAUCUUGAACUGGCGCGGCUAGUCACAUAUCGUGCCGCCAAUGACGUCGACAUGAAGGUGGGACUUCUGAUACAAACAUCUGUCAAGUUUGUUGGAUACAGGUGCGAUCUUCAUACUUUGCUUCGAUUGCCAAAUGCUUCGCCGCGGAUAUGGCCAACCAGGCCGCCGCAAACGCAGUUCAGGUAACUUUUUUAGUUUUGAUCGAUUGAACUCAAGAAUAAACAAACUUUUUCUCAUAAUUCAUAACAGGACUUCACUCCUUCAAUCAGUUCAAAAAUAAUGUGAACCUUUCUCAGAUAUUCGGAGGCAACGGCUUCUGUGCGGAAUAUCCCGUAGAAAAACUUAUGAGAGAUGCCAAGAUCUACCAGAUUUAUGAAGGAACAUCUCAGGUUUUCCAUAAACUCAUUACAGAUUACACUGAUUUUCUUUCAGAUUCAACGGGUCGUGAUUUCUCGGAUGCUUCUUGGCCAUUUCCAACAAAACGGGACUUCCAGACUUUGA